AUCUCUGUUACUAGAAGCGUCCUCGCACCUCUCCCGAGCUAUAGCUGGCCUGAUCCUGCUCCAUCUCGACCGACCUCAAGUCUGCCAACUCAAUCGCCUCUAGCUUGUGCGCUCAUCCCCAUAUGUCGCUCCCGUCCUCUCUCCUUUCCUAUGUCCGCUCCCGGGUCAUCGUCGAUGUCGAUUCCAUGGAUCCUGCGGUCGCCGCGCGCCAUACGGCUGGCGACGGAGCCAGAUUUUGCGACAUGACGUCCAAUCAAGCCAUCGUUUAUGGCGAAGUUGCUAGACCAGAUCGCGCAGAGCUUCUCGAAAAAGCUUGCGCUCAGGUUCGAUCGUCAGAGGCAGAGCUCGAUAUUGAAGCGCAGGUUUCGGAUGCUAUUGAUCUGCUCACGGUCUUGCUCGCAAAGGAGGUCUAUCCAUAUUUGACCGGCCGCGUGCACGCCCAGACCUCCCCCUCUACGGCGUACAACACGGAAGCCACCAUCCAACAUGCGAAGAAGCUGGUUUCAGUCUUCGAUGCCAACGGAAUUCCCAAGUCCCGUGUAUGCAUCAAGAUCCCAGCGACGCCCGAGUCUACCAUCGCCUGCCAAUAUCUAGAACGUCUCGGAAUCCGCACUCUGUCGACCUGCCUCUUCUCCGUCGCGCAGGCGAUCGCGGCCCACCAGGCCGGCUGCCUUUACAUCGCACCCUACUUCAAUGAGCUCCGGGUACAUUUCGAGCCGGGCGUGUGGAAGGAGUAUGCGGAUACCGCGAAAGAGCAUCCUGCCUCGAGAGUCAUCAGUUCAAUUGUGCGUCUCUACAAAGAAAUUGGGGCGAGCACGCUCGUCAUGCCUGCGAGCAUCGUGACUUCGAAAGAGGUCCUCGCCCUCGUUUCUCUCAAACCCGAUCACCUCACGCUCUCCGGCGCAGUGCUGGACCAGCUCGCCGCUGCGCAGAGCACGGACACUGUCGACCAGGAUCCGAAACCGCAUCACCCCGAGGUCGGUCUGGAGAGUGGUCCCGCGACUUCUGACGGGAGCGACGCCCUUGAAGAACCGGAUGUGAAAGCGACGAACUUCCUCGAGAACGGCGGUGCUGCGCUGAGGGAGGCGAUCGCGGCGGAUGCGGAGACGACGCGCAAGUUGGCGGAUGCGCUGAAGAUAUUCGGGGAGAUGGAGGCGAAGACCAAGGAGCUUAUUCGUGCGAAGCUGCAAUCCCAAUUUUCGUAGGCCUAGUCCUUCCUAGAGGGCAACGUGCCGAGAACGUAGAAGGGACCCAGACGCUAGCCAUGAGCCAAUGCACAAAAUCUCACGUAUCAUCUGGAAAUGUACAAAUGCUUGCGACUCAUUUAUGGAACGAUAUGUAUCGACAUGUCAGCGCGCCCCAGUCCCAUAUCAUCAGUCCUUCGCGCGCCCAAAGUGGUUGCUCUACAGUAGAUUUUCCUGUUUGAGGGCUCCGAUGAUCAGGUAUGCGGAACGGCGGUCUCUGUCCAUGCCGAUCCAGUCGCCUUUGCGGACGGGAGGAUGAUCGCCCUCGGACGCGUAGAUGUCUUCCUCGUCCUCAUCUUUCUUUCUCUUCUCUGCCUCUCGCUCCAGGUCCUCCUCUGAGUCCCACUGAACCUCUUCCCAUUGCCACUCGGCGAGGGUUAUAGCGGCGAGUUUCGGGUCCGGCACGUUCGGCAAUACCGAGAGCAGCAAGCCUGCGAGGACUGGCUGCAUGUCAAGCGUCGCCUCCAUGACCGGUAAGGGGAGAUAUUCCACCUCCAAUAGCAUUCCCUUGACGGCGCCUCCUGCAAGAUGAACGUUGCCAGCCCGUACAAGCCAGUCAGUACCAAUCGAGUACACGUGACCAUCCACAGUCAGAUGGGGGCCCGUCCCCAUCCCAACGCCCUUCUGUCCUGAAGUACCCGCAUUGCUAGCAGAGCUUCCCGUUUGACGGACGGAGACCCAACGAGCGCGAAGCUGGGUGAGCAGCUGCUCGAGUGCCAUGGGAGGACUGAGCGUCGGAAACGUCUGGCGGUAGUGAGUGGGUGGCUGAAGAGUCAUGCCGGGGUUCGUCCGUGCGUAUUCGGCUGCGUGCUGGAGAUAAUCUGCCCGCAUGGGGGCAGCGGGGUCUUCGAUUACACAAAAUACGUUGUCGUCCAUGGUAAGCGUACACAUAGAUCGUUCAACUGGGACCUGGAAACCUGGUACAGAUCCCAUGGUGGAACGGAAGGACUUCAUAUGGAGUAUCCAUCGGCCCUUGUAUUGGCCUUGGUGGUUUU